AGAGAAGACAACCUAACAGUGAAACAGUGAUCACAACAGUGAUCAGGGUUGUAUCUUCCUGUUUUCCAUAUUCACUAACUGAAGUCCCUCUCAUCACAAGUGGCAGUGAGUCUGUAGGUGUUGACUUGUGUCUUUCAGAAAAAUGAGGAGGAAGUCUAACAACGCAAACAUUUUACGCUUCGCUUGACACAAGCAGCUUCACUGUUUUCUGCAGGCGACCAUCAUGGAACAACACUGACAAAAAUCCUGACCUAAAACAAGCAUGGCUGCAAGAGGAAGUGUGUUUUCACUUCUCUGCCUCUUGCUUCAUACCAAUCUUUCGCUGCCUUACUCAUUGAAAAAUUGCACAAUAUAUCAUGAGGAAAGUUCCUCUGCUGAGGUUUCGCUGGACUGUGCAAACAGGAAGCUUGUGACUAUCCCUGACGACAUCCUGAAAGAUGCAGUUUCAGUAAAACUUGGACACAACUUAAUUCAGAGAGUUCACCAAGGAGAUUUUUGUGGUAUGUCAAAGUUGAAAAUCCUGGAUCUUGAGUACAAUCUAGUGGUUCAGGUGGAUGAUGGCUCUUUCACCGAUCUGGUGUCACUGGAAGCUCUCAACAUGGGGAGAAACCGUCUCACCAACCUGACGAGCAACGUCUUCCAGGGCCUGUCCAGCCUCACCGCGCUCGACCUCUCUCAGAACCGCAUCCAGUUCAUCCAUGACUCUGCGUUUCGGGUUUUGACCAGCUUACAAAGUGUGAACUUCCAGGGAAAUAUGCUCCAACGAAUUGUUGACAUUCAGCCCAUCCUACAACUACCACAAAUUCACACCAUCGACCUUACUUACAAUCUAUUCUACUCUUUUGAAACAAAAGAUCUCCAUCUGAAUUUUUCUUCAAGUCUUAAAGAGUUGUCUGUUCACAGUCAUAAACUCAUAAAAUUUGGCAUCACAACACCAAUUUUUCCUCAUCUCCAUAAAUUAUACCUUUCUAUGUCUUCGAACAGUAGUUCACGAUGGGAUUUACCAGACAAACCAUUACUAAACAAUGUGACACAUCUGUGUCUUGACAUGCUUCCACUUUCCAAUGAGGAGAUUCAAGAAGCCCUGCAGACUUUUGACUCAAUUUAUCACCUACGACUACAUUUUCUACACAUCCAGAUUAGGGAUGGACUGUUGGCUAUUGCCUGCAAAAUACCAACAUUGAGAAAGCUGGAUUUGUCUGAAAUCGAUUUCAGCAAUUAUACUCUUGAUCUUGCACAAUGCUCUCAGCUCACAGAUCUUGAUCUGUCCAUUUGUCUAAUAAGUGAACUUCCACAAGGAUCACUGGACUCAAUGAGGCAAAUUAGGUUUUUUAACAUGAGCUACAACAAGCUCAUAAAAAUCCCGCAUGACAUCAGGAGCCUCUCCUCCCUUGAGAUCUUGAUUAUGAAUGAUAAUAGCAUUUCCCAAUUAGGCUGUGAGGAUUUUGUGAACACCACACAUCUUACAGAACUACACCUAAAUGGUAACAGGAUUGCCAAGCUGCAGAGAUGCGUCAUGGAAAGUCUUACUAACCUGAAGCUUUUGAAUUUGAGUGACAAUUUGCUCGUGACGUUCAGAGCCUCCACCAAAGUUGGCCUACAGAAGCUUGAGAUCUUGGAUUUAAGUCAAAACUUUAUAAAAUUUCUUAACAAUUAUGAUUUCCGAGGCUUACGGUCCUUGAAGCAUUUGAAUGUGACAUCAUACUUUAGGGAAAAUGUAAAAUCUUUUGCAUUUUUGGGACUAAAAAGCCUAAAAUCGUUUUCUGGAUCAUUUCCACUAUUUUUUAUAAAUUUGAAAACUGUGCCACAGUUGGAAAAGAUUCAAGUCAACUUCAAUUUCAAUGGACCUUUCAGAACUCCUUAUUUAAAAACCUACGAAGACUCCAUCAGGAUGAAAUCAUUAAAAAGUGUCUCGGUGGCCUGCAGGUAUGAUCACCAGGGUGUGGUCUACAACCUGGCAGAAGGACUCUUUCACAAGAUGAAGCAUCUGGAAUAUUUUAAAGCUGAGAAUGUUUAUUUGAGUGCUCCAUACUCAGACACGUUUCAGUUCAAUCAGAAGCUGAGGAGUCUGAUAUUUACGAAGACGGAUUUGUCAGAGUUACAAUCUGAACUGUUUCUUCCAAUCCCAAACCUGGAGAGUCUCGAUCUCUCCGAGUCUCAGCUGAAGUCUUUGGAUUUCCUGGUACACGUUAAUCUUUCUGCUCUCAGAUAUCUCAAACUGACCGGCAACCAGUUAAAUGUGAUUAACAAGACAGUUUUCCAGUCUCUUCCCUCUCUAACGUUCUUGGACCUGGACAAAAAUCCGUUCACCUGUGAAUGCUCAAAUGCAGAUUUCAUCCAGUGGGUGAAGAGCAACACGCAGACCCAGGUGGUAAACGCUCAUCAGUACGAAUGCUCCUUUCCUGUGUCCAGACAGGGGAGCCUGUUGCUGGACUUUAAUUUCCAGUCCUGUUUGGAUGAUGGCGGGUUUCUCUGCUUCAUUUCCAGCUCUUGUCUGGUUGUUCUGACUCUCCUCUCAUCCUUCAUCUACCACUUCCUGAGGUGGCAUCUCACCUACACCUUCCACCUCCUCCUGGCCUUUCUCUAUAACAGCAGGAAGGGCAGGAAGAGAGACCUUCACCAGUUUGACGCCUUUGUGUCGUAUAACGUCCGUGAUGAGGGCUGGGUUUACAGAGAGAUGCUCCCCGUGUUGGAGGGACAGCAGGGCUGGAGACUCUGUCUGCACCACAGAGACUUCCAGCCAGGUAAACCCAUCAUAGAGAACAUCACUGAUGCCAUUUACGGCAGCAGGAAAACCAUCUGUGUGAUCAGCCGCAGCUACCUGCAGAGCGAGUGGUGCUCCAGAGAGAUCCAGAUGGCCAGCUUUCGCCUGUUUGAUGACAAGAAGGAUGUUCUGAUUCUGCUGUUUCUGGAGGAGAUUCCUGCUCAUCAGCUGUCUCCAUACUACCGCAUGAGGAAGCUGGUGAAGAAACGCACCUACCUGAGCUGGCCUCAGGCUGCACAACAUCCGGGAGUUUUCUGGCAGAACGUCCAGAGAGCUCUGCAGACAGGGGGCGCUGUUGCUGAAGACACGGACCUGCUGACCGGACCGGAAGGAUGAUGAGAGGCGUCACAGAUCUCCAAGAAACAAAAGAUAAAUGAGGAAAACAUGUAAAUCUUGACCUGUAAAAGCAUCACACUUAUUUCUUUUUAUAAUAAUUUCAAUGCUUAAAAAAAUGAACAUCAUAUCUCUUUUAAAAUACAAUUAAAAAUCACAACACUAAAUAUGCCAACAGUGUAUCAGUGAGUUGCAUUCAUUCAUGAACUCCUCUGGAUGAAACAAAAUAAUAAACGGAAAUAUCAGAAGAAAA